UGCAUCCGGUCCUGACCCACCGCCGCGGAAAGGAGCCGCCUGCCCCCAGCGUCUCUGCUCCCGGCCGAGGGGGUCUGGCGAGCCCGGGGGUGCUGGACCCGGCUCGGCUGUGACCGCCCUGGCAACAUUCGCUCUCGUUCCCUACUCGUGAUCUGGGGUUUGGUGGCUGGAGCAGACCCUUUGACCCUGAUAUAAAGACUUGGGCCAGUUGGAUAAAAUGUCUUUCCUGAAAACUUCUGCCUCCUGUCCGAGCAUUACAGUGUUUUUGCCAUCUUUGUACAAAAGACAACUUUACAUGUGUGACGGAUGGGCUCUGCUUUGUCUCAGUAACACGGGCUCAAGACCGAGACAUACACAAUAGUAUGUGCAUAGCAGAAGUUGAUCUGAUUCCACGAGACAGGCCAUUUGUUUGUGCCCACUCAUCAAAGAAUGGAGUUGUUACUAGGCCUUACUGCUGUGUCACAGACUACUGCAAUAAAAGAGAACUUCAAAUUCCAACACCAGUCCCUACUUCCGGAGAAUCCUCUUCUAAUCUGGGACCUGUGGAAUUGGCAGCUAUCAUUGCUGGACCAGUCUGUUUUGUUUGCAUUUCACUAAUGUUGAUUCUGUAUAUCUGCCAUAAUCGUACUGUCAUACAUCAUCGUGUACCAAGUGAAGAGGAUCCCUCAUUGGAUCGCCCUUUUAUAUCAGAAGGAACUACUUUAAAAGAUUUAAUUUAUGAUAUGACUACUUCUGGCUCUGGGUCAGGUCUACCUUUACUUGUUCAAAGAACAAUUGCAAGGACCAUCAUACUUCAAGAAAGCAUUGGGAAAGGUCGCUUUGGAGAAGUCUGGCGAGGGAAAUGGAGAGGAGAAGAAGUUGCAGUGAAGAUAUUCUCUUCAAGAGAAGAACGCUCAUGGUUUCGUGAGGCAGAAAUUUAUCAAACUGUUAUGCUACGUCAUGAAAAUAUCCUUGGAUUUAUAGCGGCAGACAAUAAAGACAAUGGUACAUGGACUCAGCUCUGGUUGGUGUCAGAUUAUCAUGAGCAUGGAUCACUCUUUGAUUACCUAAACAGGUAUACCGUUACUGUGGAAGGAAUGAUAAAGCUAGCUUUGUCCACUGCCAGUGGACUUGCACAUCUUCACAUGGAGAUUGUUGGCACACAAGGAAAACCAGCCAUUGCUCAUAGAGACUUGAAAUCAAAAAAUAUAUUGGUAAAAAAGAAUGGAACGUGUUGUAUUGCGGAUUUAGGACUGGCAGUGAGACAUGAUUCAGCUACAGAUACAAUUGAUAUUGCCCCAAACCACAGAGUGGGAACAAAAAGAUACAUGGCUCCUGAAGUCCUAGAUGAUUCCAUAAAUAUGAAACAUUUUGAGUCAUUCAAGCGAGCCGACAUCUAUGCGAUGGGAUUAGUGUUCUGGGAAAUAGCACGGCGAUGUUCAAUUGGUGGAAUACAUGAAGACUACCAGUUACCAUACUAUGACCUAGUCCCUUCAGAUCCUUCAGUUGAAGAAAUGAGGAAAGUUGUUUGUGAGCAGAAGCUGAGACCCAAUAUUCCAAACAGAUGGCAAAGUUGUGAGGCAUUACGAGUAAUGGCCAAAAUUAUGCGUGAAUGUUGGUAUGCCAAUGGAGCAGCCAGGCUAACAGCUUUACGCAUUAAGAAAACAUUAUCACAGCUCAGCCAACAGGAGGGCAUAAAAAUGUAAUCCUGGAUUUACUACUGAAGAGCGCUUUAAAGAUCCAUAGCUGAAUCUGGGUGGCAUGUUCAGAAGGUUAAUAGCUCUACCUCACUGAGGGAACAGAAGGAUAUUGCUGCCUUUUGAUACUUUAUAGGAACAUCAGUUGUUAGCCCCGGGAUUUCUGUGAACAUGGUAAACACUUGUGUUUGGGUCUUUUUUGUGCACUAUGAACACCUCUUUCCCAGGACAAUUACAAAACAUUGUGUAGUCUAGCUUUAUUUUUCUUAACAUGUAACUCUAUUUUAAAAGUUGAUUACUGGUCUUAACUUUU